AUAACUUCACGUUAAAUAGUCACAAGACCUCUCAGCUGAGUUAGCUGUCUUGUAAUUUUAUGUUUUCGGGAGAUUUUUUUUCCCAAUAAACUCCCUAUUGUGAGUGGUUUGUUUUUCUUCCAAAAAUAGCCAAAAUGGCUAACAUCAGCGAGGAGAAUGUUAGCAAACUUAUCACGCUGGGUGAUGAUAAAAUUGAUAUGAUUGCGGCAACGAGCGUUUUGCAAAUAAGGGCGAGUGAAAUCCGCCAAAGUCAAAUAAACUGGCAGUCUUAUUUGCAAUCGCAGAUGAUCACCCAGCGUGAUCAUGACUUCAUUGUUAACUUAGACCAGCGUGGACAGAAAGACUUGCCAGAUAAAAAUCCAGAUAUAUGUGCUGAUGUGUUCCUGAACCUGCUAACGCAUAUCAGCAAAGAUAAUACCAUCCAGUAUGUUCUUGUCUUAAUUGAUGAUAUUCUUUCGGAAGAUAAAUCUAGGGUGAAAAUAUUCCGUAAUGCCAAACAUGGCAAUGUAUGGCAGCCAUUCCUUAACUUGCUUAACCGUCAAGAUGAGUUUGUGCAACACAUGACAGCACGAAUCAUUGCCAAGCUAGCCUGCUGGUACCCGCAGCUUAUGGAGAAAAGUGACCUGCAUUUCUACCUUUCAUGGCUCAAGGACCAACUUAAGACAAAUGCGGAGAGAGUGUCUGCCGAGUUAGAGCAUGCUGAGCAGGUUAUGUUGGAGCACGAGAAACAAAAUUUCUCCGAUAAACCCACGAAACAUCACAAAGACAAGGGCGGUGACAAGGUUGACAACGGUCAAGAGAAAUAUUCGAAGCUACAUACAUCUUUCGAUGUUCUCAAAUCGCAUGAGGAUUUGCCGCCUGGUCUUCACAAGAACAAUGACUAUAUCCAGUCUGUGGCUCGCUGCCUACAAAUGAUGCUGCGUACCGACGAGUACCGCUUCGCAUUUCUGUCUGUCGACGGCAUUUCAACUCUGCUGUCCAUCCUCGCUUCUAGAGUCAACUUCCAGGUCCAAUAUCAGUUGGUAUUCUGUCUGUGGGUUCUGACAUUCAACCCACUGCUGGCUGAGAAGAUGAACAAGUUUAACGCCAUCCCAAUCCUGGCGGACAUCCUCAGCGACUCCGUGAAGGAAAAGGUCACCCGUAUCGUGCUUGCCGUAUUCCGCAACCUAAUUGAAAAGCCUGAAGAUCAACAGGUAGCGAAGGAGCAUUGCAUCGCCAUGGUGCAGUGCAAAGUGCUUAAGCAACUGUCCAUCCUCGAACAGAAGCGUUCCGACGACGAAGACAUUAUGAAUGACGUUGACUUCCUCAACGAACGCCUGCAGACCUCCGUUCAAGACCUCAGCUCCUUCGAUCAGUACGCCACUGAAGUAAAGAGUGGACGUCUGGAGUGGUCGCCCGUGCACAAAUCCGCCAAGUUCUGGCGCGAGAACGCCGCGCGGCUAAAUGAGCGUGGCCAGGAACUUUUGCGUACUCUGGUACACUUGCUGGAGAAGAGCCGCGAUCCCGUCGUGCUGGCCGUGGCUUGCUACGACGUGGGCGAAUACGUGCGCCACUACCCCAGAGGCAAACACAUCAUAGAACAGCUGGGCGGUAAGCAACGCGUCAUGUACCUGCUAAGUCACGAGGACCCCAAUGUACGCUACGAAGCCUUGCUCGCUGUACAGAAGCUUAUGGUUCACAACUGGGAAUACCUAGGCAAGCAGUUGGAGAAGGAACAGAUCGACAAACAGUCUGGUGGCACAGCCGUUGGCGCUAAAGCCUAAAAAAAAGUAAUAAAAUUUAAAUUGUUAUUGUUGUGGUCAACGUUUAAGAAAUUGCAAUCAAGUAGCGUUAUUUAUAUGCCAUAUGACCUUUAAGUAUUACAUUAUUGUAAAUAGAAUAAUUGUUAUUCACGUUGUUGGACACAUAAUAGAUAUUUAAAAUUUAAACGUAAAUAGCAGUGUGUCCCAAAUUAAAUAUGAUUUUUAAAUAUGAUGCAAUCCGUGUAAAUACUAAAUCAAAAUAAUUAUUUAUGGUUUAAAUGUUAUUUAUUUAUAAAAGUUACGAGUUGCCAGCGUUUAUGGAACAAAGUUUUACAAAAUUUGCAAUCACAUUCCUAUAAUAUAUAUUAUUUGUUGCGUAAAGUGAAAUAUAAUCAUUCAUAAACUCUAUAUUAUAUUUUGAAAUGUAGAAAUUAUAGCUUACUAUGAAGUGUGUAAAUGUAAACUGGCACAUCAGUGAAUAAACUUCGAGUUAUUAAUUUA